GGAAGUAACUGUGUUUGAUCACAUGACUUGCAUCUAAUAAAGAUGGCGGCCUCCGCACCUCCCACUGGACUAUCCAGUGAAGAAAGUGGCAUUUUAUCUCCAAUGAUGGCUACCACUACUACAGAAGUAGCACACAAUGGUCCCAGAGUCUGGGAAAGAGCUUGGACGACCCAAGAGAUGAGAAAAGAAGCAGGCAAUUGGUCUUUAGCUGCAGAUGCUGGUUUGCUGCAAUAUUUGCAACAGUUCUCCCAACACAUUAUAUCCCGUACACAUGAAAUAGGAAAAGAUGUUGAUGAUCUGGUGCAUGAAGCAAAGUUAACAGGUGUUCGAGUCAACAAUGUUAUCAAUGAUUUCAUUAUGCUGGCCAACACUCAGUUUGUGGAGAAUCGUGUGUUUGAUGAAGAUGUUAGUCAGGAUACAAGCAAAGAAGAAGAGAAAAAAACUGAAAAACAGGAGAAAAGCAGAGAGCAAAGAGAAGCAGAACUCAUUCCUAGAGUGUCCAAUGCUUUGAAACUUGGCAUCGAUGUGAUAGACUGUGCCUUUGAGAAGUUGGACACCAAAGUUGUGGACUCUGACUCUGAAGAAGAGGAAAACAACGGCCAUGCUGAUCCUAUCCUAGAAGCAAAAGAUCCUUAUGCGAAUAGAUUGCUACCCUAUUUAAUUGGCACACCUCAGUUUAUGGAAGAUGACAAUGUUGGCCUCACAGAUGACAUGUCAGAUGAAGGGGAAGAGGAAGAGGUGUCAGAGAGUGAAUCAGAGCCAAGUCUUUCUUCCUCUAUAGAAUCUGAUGAUGAAGAAGAAAUAAAAGCCACUCCCAAAACCAAACAAGUUCAUUCUUCAUCCAGCUCAGAGGAGAGUGAUAGUGAAAGUGAUGAGGAAUUGUUUGGCCAGAAAACUGAAAAAGACAAUGAUGUCAGCACUUCAGAAUCAGAAGAAGAAAAUGAGACAGAAACUAUUGAAAAGUCAGUGUUGCCUAAAGGACCAGGAGAUUUUGCCUCAGAACUUGCAGCUAAGAUUGGUGUCAACAAAACUCACAAAAAAGAUGUUGAUGCAGUUGCUGAUGAUUGGGGAGAAAACUCUGAACAAACUUCUAACACUCAAAGCAAAGAAAAAAAUAAACCUACAGAUGACAAGAAACAUAAGCAUGAGAAAGAGAAAAGGAAUGCUUCUAAACACAAUGAAGAUGAUCUGUUUGGUGCAAGUGAAGGCCCGGAGGAUGAUUUUCUAUUUGGUAAAAGUAGUGGCCUUUUCUCCAGCAGUAAAGGUUUAUUUGAUGAUGAUGAUGACAAAGAUGAUGAGGGAGGAUUGUUUGCUGACGUUCCCAAGAGUUCUUCAAAACCAAAGAAACAAACUUCAAAGGAAAAACCCACAUCUGUGUUUGAUGAAGAAGAAGAAGAUGAAGUUAAAGAAGAAGAACAAACUGUUGUCCCUGACUCAAGACCAAGAACAAAAAGUGGAAAGGUAUUACCAAAAGGAGCGGUAUCUGUAUUUGGAAUACCAAAAGAGCCAUCCAAAACAGAAGUCUCCAAUACACAUGUGGUGAAAAAGCCCACACCACAACCUGCUGUGGCUGCAGCACCUAAGAAGUCUGGAGGUCUCUUUGAUGAUGAGGAAGAAGAUGAUGACCUAUUUAAUGCAGUGGCUACAAAGAAGACUGAACCAGAUAAAAAAGAAAAGUCAUCCACUGCCAAAGCUGCUCCAGCAAACAAGAAAGUGGAUUUGUUUGCUGAUGAUGAGGAGGAGGAGGACCUGUUUAGCACCAUGGCAGCACCAGGGAGGAAGAAGACACACAGCACAGUUGGCCUGACAGUGGAAGGAAAUGAGGAAGAACAAGCAAUCAAGGCCAAGAAGCAGCAAGAAGCUGAGCAAUUACGUAAACAAAGCACACCAGAAAAAAAGCUUCCUGCUGGUGCAGUGUCAAUGUUUGGUAAAGAGCCUAACCCUCUCCUAGCUGCUCUCAAGAAAAACAAACAACCAGAUUCAGAUGAGGAAAAUGAAGCUGAGGAAGACAAAAUGUCACGUAGCUCAAGUAUUCAUUCUAACAAUUCUGCCUCUGUGGCUGUUUCUAAACCUGCAGAGGAAACAGUUAAGAAAUCUGCAAGAGCUGGCUCACUAUUUGACGAUGAUGAGGAUGACGAUUUGUUUACCAAAAAGCCAAGUACUGGACGUGACAAGAAGAACAAUGAACCAGUGACAAAGUCUGACAAGUCAAAGGCUGUUAAAGAUAGUUUGUUCAAUGAGGCUGAUGAUAGUGAUGAGGAUUUCUUCUCAACUCAAGCCAAACCUGCAGAAAAUAAGAAACCAACAGGAGGUGUGUCAUUGUUUGGUGGUGUUGAUGUCUUAGGAGUGAAAGAUAAACAGGAUUCUAAACCAACUGCAGCUGUAGCACCACCGACAGCUGCCACUAAGACGGUAGCUCCAGUGACAGCUUCAGUGACAAAGAAAUCAGGUUCAUCACUCUUUGAUGAAGACGAAGAGGAUGAUGAUUUUCUGUUUUCUUCAAAGCCCAAUAAAUCAUCAGGAGACAAACAGAACUCCAAGAAGGCAAGUCAAAACCUUUUUGAAGACGAUGACCUUUUGUUUAAAGCAGGUGAAGAAACUUCACCAACUGUUGACCUGUUCAGCAACAAGGGUCCAUUAGCCAAGCCAACCCCUAAAGAAAAGGAACCAGAGAAGAAAGCAGCCCCUGCAAAGUCAAACGCCAAAUCUACAGUAUCUGAUUUGUUUGGAGGAGAAAGUGAAGAGGAUGAUCUCUUCUCAUCAUCUUCAGUGAAGACAUCACAAGCAACUACAGCAGUGAAGCCAACAGUGCAGACAACUAGUGGGCUCACAGAGUCCAGUGAUACCAUGGAGGUCAAGCAGCAAGAAGAAGAGGUAAAGAAACCUAAGAAGCCAGCAGGUGCUGUAUCCAUGUUUGGUGGCAUGGAUCCCUCAGCUCUGCUCAAAAAAAGAAAGCCUUCAGAUGCAGAGGAAGACAAGGCUCCAGCCAAAGAGGAAGCUAAAGAGGAAAGCAGAGACAAGAGGAAGUCAGAAGAGAAAGUAAUUCCAGAGGAAAAGAAGGAGACAGCAUCAACUAAAGAACCAGACACCUCUAUGAAAGACUCAAAGCCCAAACCACCUGUUGAUUUAUUUGCUGGUGAUGAUGAAGAAGAAGACUUAUUUGCUCCUAAACCACGUGCAGGCAAUAAAAAAAUUGAAGGUGUGACAACAACAGAGUCCAAUGAUUCGCCUACCAAGGAAGAGCCGCCAGUUGCCUCCCCUACAAAGUCUCGUAAGCCAGCAGGUGCGGUGUCAAUGUUUGGUGGCGGCAUUGAUCCUCUGGCCAUUUUGAAGAAAAGUAAAAAGCCCAGUGAAGAGGACGCUGCCAAGGAGGAUGAACCCAAAGAAAAGGUCAUACCACCUGAGGUAGCGCCAAAGACUCGCACCAAAUCAGAUGCUGACAAACUUACACCUGCAGAAGUUGCAGUCAAGACAAAACCCAGCCCAGAAGUUGCAGCAAAGACAAAGCCUAGUCCUGCGGAUAAGGAGGAUGAGGAUUUAAAGCCUAAACCUCCUGUAGAUCUAUUUGGAGGAGAAGAUGAGGAUGAAGAUGAUUUGUUUGGAGCACCCAAAAAGAAAAGUACACCUCCACCUACUGCACCCAAGUCUGCUCCUAUGGAAAGCCCCAAAGAGGAAAGUGAAGCAAAAUCCCCAGAACCAGCUAAGUUUAAAAAACCUGCAGGAGCUGUAUCUAUGUUUGGUGGCCUUGAUCCUUUUGCUGGCAUGAAGAAAAAAUCUAUCGAUGAGAAGGAAGAAGCUAAAGAACCAAGUCCACCUUCUGAGGAACCACCAGUCUUCAUUGAUCCUUUGUCCGUGCUCCUUGUCUCCCCUGUUGCCGCCCAAACCAAACCCGCCCCACCUCCAGCCACUGCGGCUCACAAACCAAAGCCAGCUACUCUUGUCAAAAGUGCUCAGUCCACACAGUUUAAAUCUCCAACAAUCAACCCCGCAGUAUUGUUGCCUGGUGCAUCUCAUCCAAGCUUAGGAAAGGCACUGGAACGUUCAGAAUCUGUAGACUUUGAUCAACCAGCAGAAGCUGAAGUUUUGGCCAGUGCAAGCAAGGAUAGACCAAAAUUGAAUCGGCGAAGGCCUCAAAGCCGCAAGGCACGUAUGAUAGCUGCAGGAAGUAGUGGCAUCAGCUUUGAGGAUACCACACCCACCACACCGACUACACCUACUAUUCCUGAAGUUCCAUCCUUGUCUGACCAGCUAGUCUCAGAGUCUCCCAAAAAAGCUGGCUCUCCUGCUGAGAAUCAUGUAGCCUCUAAAGAGGGCAGCCCUAAGUCAGCAUCCAGAGACUUGUUUGGCAAUGAUGACUUGAUAGAAGGACCAUCACUGCCUUCCCUAAAAGGUGCUGUUAAAGAAUCCAGUCAACAAGAUGAUAUUUUCAGUAAAGAUUCUUUCAGCGCUAAAAAUGCUAAAGACAAAACUACAGCAGAUGACCUAUUUUCCACAUCCACCACAGACAAAUUCAAAGCAGGAGACAGUUUGCAGAAAUCGGUGACAGCAAAGGCAGGUAACACCAGUUCUAAAAAAAUUGCAGACGAUGAUGACCUCUUUAAAGCUCCAGUGAAAUCUAAAUCAAUUAAUGUGUCAAAGGUUCUGGAUGAUGAUGAUGAUUUGUUUUCCUCUUCCUCUAUAAAGAAAAAAGAGCAAACAAAACCUGAUCCACUUCUGGGGGAUGCUGUAGCAUCUUCGAAGUUGGAAAGCAAAUCAGGGAUUUCCAAUGACAUAGUGGAUAAGUCAAGCUCUAAAAAGACCAAACCAGUGGAAGUUGAAGAAGAUAUAUUUGCAGAUUCAAGCCUUGGAAAGAAAAAAGAUUCUAAACCCAAGAAAGCAACAUAUGAUGAUGACGAUGAUUUGUUUGCUAGUAAAGCUCUUGAAGAUACAAAGAAAGCCAAACCCAAGAAAGCAAUGACCAGUGACACCAAGCUAUUAAAUGAUACAACAGACAUUUUCAGUGAUAUCCCAGUAGUCACAUCAAAAGAAACCAAGAAAAAAGUGACAAAGAAAGCUACAGAAAAGAAAACUAUUUUUAAAGAUGAUGUUGAUGAUAUUUUUGCUGACACUCCUGUUGUAACACCUAAAGGUAAAAAGGAGGUCAAGAAGAAAGCAACAGGAGGGAAAAACGCCAAUGUGGAUGCAGAUAACAUUUUUGAUGACCCAAUGAGUUGAAAGGUCACUUUCUCUCUUAGUCCAGAAUAUUUGUAUUUGUUUAAAGCAAGCUAAGUUUAAUUGGCUGUUAAUGUAUUUUUAGUAAAUAUUUGAUCAUAUCAAAUUUUAUUUAGGCUUGAAUUUUCUUGUUUUAAUUUUAUCUGAAAAAUAAGAAAUAAAAAAUAUUUUUGGUUGACUGUAAAAAAAAAUGUUCAUUACAUAAAAAAUACACAACCAACUUUGUGAUAUAUAUGUGAGAUCAUUUUGUGUCCAUGCUACUUAUUGUUGAAAGCAUUCAAUGUGUACAUAUUUUGACCUAAAGUGAGUUUAUGUUGACAGAUUGUUUGUACAUAAGAGUCUAUGUUUUAUGUUCUUUAGAAAAUAAUAAAAAUAGAUAACUCAGAGUUGGUAGCCACUUUAGUGAAAUAAGACAGAUAACUUAUUACAUUGUUCAAAUCUAGCAUAAUGUAAAUUACUGAUGUUGUACUUAGCAUAAACUGUUGCUAUUUUUUAUUGCUUUAUUCAUGAACAGGAAAAAAGCAACAAUAUUUGUUUGUGUUAAUAUUAGAAAUUAGAUUUUCUAUAACAGGACAAAACUGCAGCACUGAUCAAAUCUUUGAACACUGAUCUGUUAAGAGCCUUAACCUUUUCUUCAUUUCCUCAGAACUGAAAUUCACUAACUUCAGGUCUUCAUUUUCUAUCUUUCCUUCAAAUUUCCAUAAUCUACGUUCUUCAAGUCUGCUUGUUUAUUACAGAAGUUUGUCUGAUUCAAAUCUGCUUAAAAGGAUUAGGCAAAACAUUUUGUUGUCAAUAGAUGCUAUAUUAUUAGGAAUGAUAUAUUGAGGAAUAUUGGCAUGAUUUAUUUGCAGCUGUAUUAGAAGCAAAGAACCAAGCAUUCAGAUUUGUUUAGAAAUGAUUUAAAGCCUUUUCUUUAUCACAAUAUCUUUCAGGUAAUUUAGCUAUUUAUUGUUAAGAACUAUCAUCUUAUAGUGUUUUAUAUUCUCUAUGCUCUGCUUAUUUGUAUACAUUUUUUUGUCCUUGUAAUCUUUCAGUAAAACAUAACUUUUGUUUGUGACUCCUAAGCCUCCUUAAGCUAGAACAAAGAUUGUGUCUGUAUUAAGCUAUUUUCAUUUCACAUGACCUGGUCAAUUGACUUAGCAUGUCACAUGACUUGGUCACUUGACUUAGCGUGCCUUACAACCCGUGUUGGUGAAAUAAGUACUUAUGUAUUCAACAUAUUGUCCUGAUCUAUAAUGAACUGUAUAUUUGUUCCAUUUAACUUUAAAGUGGUACUAUUGUUCAAAUGCAUGCAAUGUGUUUUCUGGUUUAUAUUUCACCAUAACAUGCCAGUUAGAUAGCAUGAUUUAUUAUUCCUUUUUCAAAAUUGUAUGUUCCCAAUAUGUUUUUUGUUAUUGUGAUGUAGAUCAGACAUUUUGUAUAGUUUGCUACAAAAGUGAUCCCUUAAUCAUUGUUAUAUUGAGUUUAGUCCAAUACAGCUAUCUACAUUAUGUUACAAAUGUGAAAUUAUUUUUUGAGUAAAUUGCAUUCUUGUAAAUUAACUUUUCAAGACAACAAAAUGGUUGUUACGAUUAUGAAUUAUCGUGAUUACAUUUAAGGUCCUUCAGUAUUAAUUAGUUUUUUAAUGUGUAGUGCUAAGAUGAAAAAUGUUUGAUUCAUAGAUUUAUUGAAUAGCUUUUAGCAAUCUUGUUUCUGUGUUUAGAGAAAUGACAAUGAUUUCAAGUGUGAUUCUGAAUGUACAGUGAUGACAAUACUUUUUUUUUGGUAUUGUUGCAUUGCUGACAUGUUUAAGUGUGUUUGAUCUAUUACCAUAGUUGAUUCAGUUCAUUCCUGUGGAAUGAAUUUUGUUGAAAUUGUCCAUUGAUCAGCUUGCAAGGGCAUUUAGUCACUGAAUCCCCUGCAUUUAAUGAGUUGAAAUGUUUUAUUCUGUAAACAUUAACAGACAAAAAAAAACAAAUUUAUGAAACUGAUCUGUCAAAUUUGUUUAUUUUCAUAAAACAGAUCUAGAGUUGAUUUUCAAGUCAAAUAAACACUUCACUACCUAAUCUUAUUAGAAGCAUUAAGGUUGAUCCAUUAUUGGAGUGUGUAGUGUUGAGGUAAAAGUAUAAUUGGUCAAUGACAUAUAACUGUAUAGCCUCCACUCUCUGAAGACGAUAUUAAACAAUCCAGGCUUGGUGGACACCAAUACUUGGCUCCUUUUUUUUUUUUUUAACCCUGAUUCAUUUUUAUUCAGCUUCUAAAAUAAAUAGUUGUGUAUUUUUAAAGACUAAUUCUAAACUUGUCAUACAAGUAAGCUGGGUUCUUUUUUCCUUGCGAAUGUUUAACUGUUAAAAAAUGUUAUUUGCUCAGUUGGAUAUUUGAAACAUGUUUUUUUUUUCUCCAUUCAUUUGUUUCUCCUGUUGAACUAAGGUAGAAAAAUGUGUACAUACAAAUAUACUUCAAAAGGAAGGUCUAAAAUGAAAAAAAAAAAUCAGCAAACAUUCUGAGAAACAAAUGCAUGCAAUAUGGAAGAUAAAAUAUUUACUUAGACUUAACAGAAGAAAAAAAAUGUGAAGGUGCUUAAGCCAUUACAAGUUGAGAACAAAAAGAUGGGUAUAAGUAUCAUUCCUAUUAGAAAAGAUUCUAAUAAGGAUUAUUCAGAUUGUCAUACAUUUGUUUGUUGUUUUUUUUUAGUUUUUUACGAUUUAAUAUAUAAUUUUAAUCGAUUAAAUUUCUUUGCUUUUCAAACUGUAACUGUUUAAGAAGACUACUAUGAUAAUGAUAUCCCAGAUUUAAAACUAUAAAUAUGUAUUUCUUUCACACUUUCUCAAUCUAGAGCAGAUUUUAUUUAUUGAAAGAUCAGUAUGAAAUUUAAAAAAAAAUCAAUAUUGUAUUGAGGGGAAUUCUUUAGAAGUGAAAGACAGGAUUAUAAUCAAAGUUAAAAAUAAGCAAGUAAAUUAUCAGUAGAAUAAAAUCAAAUUAUCAUUUGAUGAAUCUCAUGCUAUUACCAAAAUAAACAUUUCUUUACACUUUAACUUUAAGGUUUGCUCUAAAUCUUGCUAAUUCUCUCAAUAUUAAUACUGAACCAAUUAGUACAUUCAUUGUCUCUCAAGUCAGGAGCCAUAUAAAUGAAUCUUGAUAAAAUAUAUUUGUGUAUUGUCUCUUAUGACUAAAGGAGCCAUAUAAAUAUGAAUGAAUCCUGAAACUAAUCGCAAGUACUAUGCCUAACCCAAAAACUUGGUGAAUAAAAAAAUGAAUCUAGAUCCCAACACAGAUAUUGAAUACAACUAAACACUUCUAAAGAAUUCCUGGGUUUCCUUGUGUUUGUUAUCAAUCAUGAAAUGCUCAAUUAAUAUAUUUCAUUUGAUUCGUGCAUGCCAUGGAGAUUUUAGGGUUUGUUAUACUUUACAAAGAGUUGUCAAUUAUUAGCCUAUUGUUGUAAGCAAAGUAGAUUUAGUGUAAAAAGUUUUUAUUAUUGGGAGUCUUAUAUGAAUAGUUUUUUUUCAAAUUCCUGCCAUAGUAGCUUCUUGUAUUAAAUUUUGCCUUAGUUAUUAGGCAUUUGUAGAUCUUGUGUAGAUUUAUGGCCUUUGACUAGAUGGUCUCAGAGAGAUUAAACCUUCUUAUUUAGUGAGGAAAAAAAUGUAUGAAUGGAUUUGAACUCAUUACCUUUGAGUGGAACUAAAAACCUUUCUUUAAUAUUUUUUUUUAUGUAUUCAUUUGUCUUAGUCAAGGCAGUUUUAACAUUAAGAAAAGUAUAUUUAUCAUGUGUUCACUUUAGAAAGUCACUAGAAAAUGUUGAAUGACUUGCAGUGAAUUACUUGUUGCAUUGUGUCUGUACUAUUGAGAAACAGUGAAGAUUUGUUUUGACUUCAUGUGAUAAUGAUGAUGAAAUAAAAUUAAAAAAAUAUU